CAUUGAGUGAUAGAGAAAGAUAGAAAGAGAAAGAAAAAAAGAAGAAGAAAAAGAAGAAAAUAAAAAAGGGGGAGCCUGAGAGUGUGUUUCCGUUUGGUGUGUGUGUGUAUGUGUGUGUGUGUGGGUGUGUGUAUGUGUGCUUGAGAGGGAGAGAAAGAGAGAAAGAGGGACGCAUCACUUCUGAAUAUGUCCGCGAAGCGAAAGGCCACUGCCAUCAUGCAGCACCACAAGGAAAACAUUUCGACUCCAGAGCCGGCUGAUAUAUCCGAGGACGAUCACUAUUCAAGCGGGCUCAUGAAAGACGCGGAUAAGCUGAAGUUGAUGCUGCUUGCGUGGAAUUAUAAUCUUCAACAGCAGGCACAAGCUCAGGCACAGGCACAGGCACAGGCACAGGCAGCUAACGCUGCCCUAUCGCCUAAUAACUCUUCGACAACCACGGCCACCACAGUUGGCACACCUGUCACCAGCCAAUCGACCAUUUCCACGGCAAACAACACCAUUAACAACUCCACUCUUACAGACGUACGAAAUGGUUCGACAGACAUGGUGGAUAUGCCAACAGGUACGGUGCCAAGUUUGGGCACCGUUGCCGGUGUUGGUAGCGAAGAUAUGGCUUCUUUAUGGGCAUCAUAUGCUAUGGGAUUGAAGAAGACACCACCACCAGCUUCCUCGGCUACGCCUUCGCGUUCCGAUCGCGAUCGAGAAUCCAGUCCGGCUGGUGAAGGUACGGGGAGUGCCCAUGAUGAAACUAGUAGCAGUGGGAACAAGGAGGACGAGGAUGACGACGAUGAGGACGUUGAUGAGAGGUUGGAUCCAAGACAUCACGAUCCUGAACGUCUCAAAGCGUUCAAUAUGUUCGUGAGAUUAUUCGUCGAUGAGAAUUUAGAUCGUAUGGUGCCGAUAUCCAAACAACCUAAGGAAAAGAUACAAGCAAUUAUUGACAGUUGCACCAGACAAUUUCCCGAAUUUGCCGAAAGGGCGAGGAAAAGGAUCAGGACGUAUUUAAAAAGUUGUAGGAGAAAUAAACGUGGCAGGGAAGGUGCACCCUGGGACGCGGCUAGACCAACACCUGCACACUUGACCUCGGUACAGGCUGAACAAAUUUUAGCUACAGCUUGUGAAAACGAAAGUGACAACGCUAAACGUAUGAGGGUCGGUCUUGAACCAGUAUCACAACCUAUGCCAACACUUCCUGCUGCAACAUCAAGCAACGAUAGUCAGUUCGUCAGCAGUUAAUGGAGUUGCAAGUGGUGGUGCACCAACAGCCAUGUACAGACCAAACUUUAGUCAGGCCUUCCAACGUGCAGGUCCAACAACGGUACCACCAACUCUGUCAGCUGGACUUUAUCCUACACAAAGUUUCACCUCAGGAUUACUGAGCAACGGUACACAAAGGCCAACAGACCUAAGCAUGAAGAACACAAAACCCUUGCUUAGUCACAAAUUAAAUGCAACAGAGAUGACAGCAGUUAGGCAGCUUAUAACCGGAUAUCGGGAAUCUGCAGCCUUUUUAUUGAGGUCCGCUGACGAAUUGGAACAAUUGUUGCUUCAACAACCAUAGAGUUACGUUUACGUCGGCAACGUUUAAAUAAAACUCAAUAUAAAAAGAGUUUUUUUUAAUUCCGUCGUCGUCGUCGUCCUCGUCGUCGUCCUCGUCGUCGUCGUCGUCGUCGUCAUCCUCGUCGUCGUCGUCGUCGUCGUCGUCGUUGUCCUUCGUCUUCAUCGUUCAUCCAAAAACAACAAAACAAGAAAAUAAACAAUUGAACGAACUCAAUCGAAAAUGAACAAUUUUUGUUUUCAAACAAACAAAUCUUUUUCGACAUUUUCGACAAAAUAAAAAAAAAACAAUUUUCCUGAGGACUAUGGUUGGGGGUGAGAUUGAAGAAAAGGUGUUUUUAAUAUGGUGUUUACGUGAUGGUGUUGUAUGGUGAUGGUGAUGAUCAUCGUUGACGAAUAGCAAAUAUGAAAAUGUACUCACCCCCCGCUUCUCCCCUCACUCCCUCCCCACCAACCCCCUCUUACGUGUCGUCUGCCUUCCAUUUUCUCCUUCUUUUCUCUCUCUCUCUCUCUUACUCUGAUUCUUAUUCUCUCGUCUCUUUUCAUCUAAUCUUUCCUCUUCUUUAGUUUUUCCAUGAGGAAAAAUACAACAAACAAACAAACAAACAAACAAAAAUACAA